UUAGUGAAACCAAGUGAGUUGGUGGAUAGUGAACUGGAAAUCAUCAUGUUGAGACUUUUAGCAAUAGCUUUACUUAUUGCCUCAGUAGCAUCCCAAAGUCGUGAUGCAAAUGAAAUUUAUGAGGAAGAACGUCUGUUUAAUCAAUAUCUUCGUCGUUAUGGACUUGAUGUGCCACAAGAUGCUGAUUUAAAACGUUGGAAGGCAAAUGUUGUCGCAAAGUUCAAGGAAAUUGAGGAACAUAAUUCAGCUUUUCGUAAAGGCGAGGAGCUUUUCGAACAGGAAGUCAACCAUUUCUCUCAUUUGUCUGAUGAGGAAUUUGACAAUACUUUGAUCAAGUAUGAAAGAAAAGGUGACGAAAAAGAGAAAAUUGUUGAUCCUGUUAAGGCAGAAGACACCAAGGAUCUUCCAGAAUAUUUCAAUUGGGUCGAUAAAGGAGUCGUUCAUGGUAUUCAAAAUCAAGGUGGAUGUGGAAGUUGUUAUGCAUUUGCAGCUAUUGCUGCUAUUGAAUGUCAUGCAUGCUUGUACAAUAAUAUCUGUGACAAAUUGUCUGAACAAGAAGCUUUAGAAUGUGCAAUUGGUGGAUGCAAAGGUGGAUAUGAUCGUUUUAUCUAUUCUUACACCCAAGAAAAGACCGGAGCUACAUACUCAAAUUAUACAUACCAACAAAAGCCAGUCAAUAGUUGCGAUGAUACUAAAUCACGUCCACGUGUACCAGGAACGAAGGUUAAAGAAUGGAUUAGAAUGCCAAAUGAUGUUGAGACUAUUCGUUAUUAUUUAUACAACAAGGGACCAAUGACAAUUGUCUUUGAUGUCUAUGAAAACUUCCCCAAAUACAAACGCGGUAUCUACUCGAAGGCUAAGGGUAAAAUAAAGGGAUCACAUUAUGUUCUUUUGGUCGGAUGGGGUACUGAGAAGGGAGUUGACUAUUGGAUCUAUAAGAAUCAAUGGGGCACAACAUUCGGUGAACAAGGCUACUUCCGUGUCAUCAGAGGUAAGGAUGUUGCAAACAUCGAAAGCUAUGGACCAACUUAUCCAAUCUUGGAAUCAAUCUAAAGAAUGCGUCGU